CUAUUCCGAGAUACAACAAUAGUGAAAUUAGGCCAAUUAAUAACCCUACAAUGGCCUUUACGUGUUCAAGUGAAAGGAAGAGUCGCACAUCUCUCACUUUAAAUCAAAAGCUAGAAAUGAUUAAGCUUAGUGAGGAAGGCAUGUCAAAAGCCGAGAUAGGCCGAAAGCUAGGCCUUUUGCGACAAACAGUUAGCCAAGUUGUGAAUGCAAAGGAAAAGUUCUUGAAGGAAAUUAAAAGUGCUACUCCAAUGAACACACGAGUGAUAAGAAAGCAAAACAGCCUGAUUGCUGAUGUGGAGAAAGUUUUAGUGGUCUGGAUAAAAGAGCAAACCAUCCACAACAUUCCCUUAAGCCAAAGCCUGAUCCAGGCCAAGGCCCUAACUCUCUUCAAUUCUAUGAAGGCUGAGAGAGGUGAGGAAGCUGCAGGAGAAAAAUUUGAGGCUAGUAGAGGUUGGUUCAUGAGGUUUAAGGAAAGAUGCCGUCUCUGUAACAUAAAAGUGCAAGGUGAAGCAGCAAGUACUGAUGUAGAAGCUGCAGCAAGUUACCCAGAAGAUCUAGCUAAAAUAAUUAACGAAGGUGGCUACACUAAACAACAGAUUUUCAAUGUAGAUGAAACAGCCUUAUAUUGGAAGAAGAUGCCAUCUAGAACUUUCAUAGCUAGAGAGGAGAAGUCAGUGCCUGGCUUCAAAGCUUCAAAGGACAGGCUGACUCUCUUGUUAGGGGCUAAUGCAGCUGGUGACUUUAAGUUGAAGCCAAUGCUCAUUUAUUAUUCUGAAAAUCCUACAGCCCUUAAGAAUUACGCUAAAUCUACUCUGCCUGUGCUCUAUAAAUGGAACAACAAAGCCUGGAUGACAGCACAUUUGUUUACAUCAUGGUUUACUGAAUAUUUUAAGCCCACUGUUGAGAACUACUGCUCAGAAAAAAAGAUUCCUUUCAAAAUAUUACUGCUUAUUGACAAUAUACCUGUUCACCCAAGAGCUCUGAAGGAGAUGUACAAUGAGAUUAAUGUUGUUUUCAUGCCUGUUAACACAGCAUCCAUUCUGCAGCCCAUGGGUCAGGGAGUAAUUUCAACUUUCAAGUCUUACUAUUUAAGAAAUACAUUUCGUAAGGCUAUAGCUGCUGUAGAUAGUGACUCCUCCGAUGGAGCUGGGCAAAGUAAAUUGAAAACCUUCUGGAAAGGAUUCACUAUCCUAGAAGCCAUUAAGAACAUUCGUGAUUCAUGGGACGAGGUCAAAAUAUCAACAAUAACAGGAGCUUGGAAGAAGUUGAUUCCAACCCUCAUGGAUGACUUUGAGGAGUUCAAGACUUCAUUGGAGGAAGUAACUGCAGAUGUGGUGGAAAUAGCAAGAGAACUAGAGUUAGAAGUGGAGCCUGAAGAUGUGACUGAAUUGCUGCAGUCUCAUGAUAAAUCUUUAACAGAUGAGGAGUUGCUUCUUAUGGAUGAGCAAAGAAAGUGGUUUCUUGAGAUAGAAUGUGCUCCUGAUGAGGAUGAUGUGAUUGUUGAAAUGACAACAAGGGACUUAGAAUAUUACAUAAACUUAGUUGAUGAGGCAGCAUCAGGGUUUGAGAGGAUUGAUUCCAAUUUUGAAAGAAGUUAUACUGUGGGUAAAAUGCUAUCAAAUAGCAUUGCAUGCUACAGGAAAAUCAUUCGUGAAAGGAAGAGCCAAUCGAUGAGGCAAACUUCAUUGUUGUCUUAUUUUAAGAAAUUUCCACAGCCACCCCAGCCUUCAGCAACCACCACCCCAGUCAGUCAGCAGCUGUUAACACUGAAACAAGACUCUCCACCACCAAAAAGAAUACGACUCCCUGAAGGCUCAGAUGAUGGUUAGCAUUUUUUUAGCAAUAAAGUACUUUUUAAUU